CAUGAUUCCGCAAUGAUUGGUAACAAUUGAGACAAUACUCGGAGUACAUCGAAUAAACUGGUUGUGGGGCGUAGAUCAUCAAAAGGAAAAGUUUUUCGCCAAACGUGCCCCUCUCGGCGCCUUGUUAAAAGGCCACCGCUCCCCGGCCCCUCUGACUUCCUUCGGGAAUCACCCCCCCAUUCCCAUUACCUAUAGGUUUUUUUAUUUUAUUUUUUAUUUUAUUUAUCUUUUUCCACCAGCAUCAUGGUCGAAGUUCUGGACUAUACCAAGGCUUUGGAGGUGCUCAAGGAGUAUCCUUCUGGAGAUGGCCUCCACGUUGAUACUCUCCUCGACUCGGAUAGUCAUGGAGCCUUGACGUAUAAUGACUUCCUCAUUUUGCCCGGUUCUAUCACCUUCCCCGCAUCGGAUGUUUCUUUGGAGACCAAAGUCACCCGGCGGUUUACCAUCAAGGCCCCUCUCCUUUCUUCUCCCAUGGACACCGUGACUGAACACAACAUGGCUAUCCAUAUGGCGCUGCUGGGUGGAUUGGGUGUGAUCCACAACAAUUGCCCGGCAGAGCAACAGGCCGAGAUGGUGAGGAAGGUGAAACGCUAUGAAAAUGGCUUCAUCCAGGACCCCAUUGUCCUGUCUCCGGACACGACAGUGGGAGAGGCAAAGGCCCUGAAGACUAAGUGGGGAUUCGGCGGGUUUCCUGUGACUGAAAAGGGAACCCUCCAUUCGAAGCUGCUCGGUAUCAUUACCAGCAGAGACAUCCAGUUCCACAAGACACCAGAAGAUCCAGUCACGGCUGUGAUGGCAACAGACCUCGUCACUGCACCAGCCGGCACCACUCUCGUCGAAGCCAAUGAAGUCCUCCGGAGCUCGAAGAAGGGCAAGCUGCCCAUUGUGGACAAGGAUGGAUCCCUGAUCUCCCUGCUAUCCCGGAGUGACUUGAUGAAGAACAUUCACUACCCGCUUGCAUCCAAGCUUCCAUCCAAGCAGCUACUCUGCGCCGCGGCCGUGAGCACCCACGACGCGGAUAAGGUCCGCCUCCAAAAGCUCGUCGACGCGGGUCUGGAUAUCGUUGUCGUGGACAGCAGCCAGGGAAACAGCAAGUUCCAGAUUGCCAUGAUCAAAUACAUCAAGGAGAACUUCCCUGAUAUUGACGUUAUCGCGGGUAAUAUUGUCACCCGGGAGCAAGCCGCGGCAUUGAUUUCUGCCGGUGCCGACGGUCUGCGCAUCGGUAUGGGUAGUGGCUCGGCGUGCAUCACGCAAGAAGUCAUGGCUGUUGGCCGUCCUCAGGCGGCAGCUGUGCGCAGUGUGUCUGCCUUCGCCGCCCGCUUUGGUGUGCCUACUAUUGCCGACGGUGGUGUGCAGAACCUAGGCCACAUCGUUAAGGGACUGGCGCUUGGUGCCUCAGCAGUUAUGAUGGGAAGCCUGCUUGCUGGCACCACUGAGUCCCCUGGCGAAUACUUUGUGAGCAGUGCGGGCCAGUUAGUUAAGUCCUUCCGUGGUAUGGGCAGUAUUGCUGUCAUGGAGGACAAGGGCAAGAGUGGCGGUGGUAAGAACGCCGGUGCUUCGCGAUACUUUUCUGAGAAUGAUAAGGUCAAGGUUGCGCAGGGUGUUGCGGGGUCCGUGGUUGAUCGUGGCUCUAUUACCCAGUAUGUCCCUUACCUUGUUGCUGGUGUGCAGCACUCUCUCCAGGAUAUUGGUGUCCAGAAUCUUGAUGCCCUGCGUGAGGGGGUCAACAAUGGAUCUGUUCGCUUUGAGAUGAGAAGUGCGAGUGCGCAGACUGAGGGUAAUGUCCACGGCCUGCACACCCACGAGAAGAAGUUGUACUCUUCUUGAAUGAGGAGUCGCUGUGUUCGUCGCAUGUUGCCCAGAGCCCCUUCUAUCUGGGACAUCAAACCAAAAGUUAGCCAAUACAUGCCAA